AUGAAUUUAAAGCUUCAGACAGAAGUGAGACUGCAGGAGCAUCUCCAUCAGCACGGACCGUCGAGUGGCGCCGUUCCCAAGCGCGUCGAGCUUUUGGAAAGCUCGCUAGCUGUGCUGGGGGAGCAGUUCAGGCAGCUUGCGGAGAAGUACAACCAAGCCACGAACAAGUUGGAGGAGAGUCGAGAGGAGGCUUUCACGUUGAAGAAAUUGCUUGUCAACUUGGAGUCCGCGCACGCCGACCUGUCCUCCCAGUGUGCGCGCAAAGACCAGGAGAUCGCAACCAAGACCUCGGAGCUCGCCGCUCAGAAGGUGGAGCUAGACGGCUGGAUCCUGAAGGCGCGGCGGCGGCUGGAAGCGAUCAAGUACCUGAGAACGGGCGAGGCCCCGCCAUCAAGCGCGGCGGCUGGCCGCGGCACGGAGAACGGAGCGCCAGGCGGCAAAACGGGGCCCGCCCGCGGACCCGGGAAAGCGAGCGCGGGCGCUGCCCCGUUGCCAGGGGGCCUCGCCGGGGGAAAGGCGGAGGGUCUCGUCAAGCGCCCAAUUGACACCAACGGAGAAGGUGUCGCCGCUCACGAAGGUGAUCCGCAGGGCAAGGACGGCGGUCGGGAGAGGGCGAGUGUCAAGGACAGGCUGACGGACGUCCGGGCGGUCCGCGGUCUGGGCAGCGGCGAAGAGAGAAGGAUCCAGGGCGAACGGCCGUUUGACGGUGAGGGGAGGAGAGAUAGGGAGGAAAGAGCGGGGCGCGUCAGCCCACAGAACGGGGACGGACGGCGCAUCCAUGUCACGGACAGCCGGAGAGGGCCCGACGAAAGGCGCGAGACAGAUCAUUCCGGCAAGUGCUCUGUCUGUGUUGCCAAUCUCUUGAGGCCUUAG